AUGUCUGUAGAAGCUCGUCUUUAUCAUGCAGAACAACAGAUCCAGCAUGCAAGUAAACAUUUAGGACUUCUCAAGAAGCUCAUUACAACAGAGGUAAGGGAUCUCCGGAAAAGCAUGGAACAACAAGUAGCGGAAGUGAAGCAAUUGGUGAUGUAUCAAGAUCGAUUCUACCAAGAGAGAAUGUCGAAAUUGGAGGAACGCAUUAAACAGCUUUCGGAGUUUUGUUUGUAUUUGGCUCGCGCUACUGGGCAUGUUUAUCCUGCAGUUGCGCCAGUUCCUACUGAAAUGAUAGUCGUCCCCCCUGAAGUCCAACCACUACAGGGAGUUGCUUUUUCUGUUAAUAAAAACACAAUGUUACAUGACGGUGGUGAUGACGACGAUGGGAAUCCGAAUGAAAAAAAGAAAGAUGUGGAUGCAAUAUUAGAAACAUACAAGGAUCGCAUAAAUACAAUGUAUGACUUUUAUACGGCGUCAUCAACUGAGGUGUUUCACCCUACGAUGACUAUGACUCAUUUUUCGCGUAUGCUAAAAGAUUGUCAACUGUGCGGGAUUUCGCAGGGAACUUCCGCCGAGUUACUUUGGAUGGCGGUGAUGCGCUCACUGAACAGAAGUCAGCGCAAACACCUUGAUAACGUUCAGGCUCAAAACCGAGGUAUAACAUUGGGGAGGUAUGUUUCCGCGACACAACAGAAAAACCUUUUUGCUUUUCAGCGCCUCGAGACAAUUCCAAAGGAAUUGUUUGGAGAGGCCCUUUAUCUUCUUGCGAUGGAGAAGCGUCGGUUACGACGACUUUCAGAUGGUACAACGCUUUGUGUUACAGCAAGUCCUUUAGAUGAAAAACCGAAAGACGUAUUUCUUGCAUUUUUGUUGUAUCACAUAUUUCCAUAUGUUGAUGCGGUUAUAGAGGAAAAAGAGCGUUUACACGGUUUAGUUUUGCAUCCUGGCUUCGGUGGAAAUUGUGAAGGUAAUGAUACAUUGCUUUCCGUGAAAAACACUUUGAUUCCGUCAUACAAAACGAAUGCUGUAGCUUCUAUUGUAAAGGAGUUUAUGAGACCCAUCAAAGAAGGCUAUACCAUAGCCAUUAGGUCCGCGCAGGGAUACUCAGCCACUGUGAUGAACUUGGAUGGGUUUGUUGAACUGGCCCGUAGACACGAAUUAUUGCCACUUAUUCGUAAGCCAGUUUUGCGUCAUAUUUUUCUUUGCUGUUGUGCUGUAGAGAAAGAAGAGCAUCCUGAGGCGGAGGAGGGAGCUAUUUCUGUGGGUACGUUUCUUCUUGCUUUAUAUUACUUGGCGGAUCAGAUCUAUGGGGAUCCUCUCAUGGGGAAAAGGUUUUCUACUCCUGAGGCACGAAUUAAGAAGCUUUUAUCCAAAAUGUUUAUAUUAAGUUAA